AGAGGGAGGAGGUAAAAAGGCAAGACAUAGUAGAGACUGUUGGAGGCAGCAUUCUGGAGCAUACUGCUGUGUUGUGAUGCAUGAUGUGAGUGAGCAUGAAGCGGCCGGACCACAACAAGAGGAGAAGGGAUUACAAUGAGGACACAGCUUGGCCUGACGCCUGAUCAAUAAAAGAACUGACUGCCUGCAGACUCCUUUGAGUUUGUGUUCCGCCACCAAGGGAUUUUAAAUAUGAAGACACAGUCACUCAAAACCUUGAGGACACUAUGAAGACAUAAAACAGAGAAGUGGGCCACUAGCUCCUGCCAUUUGGACUUGAGAAAACAAAGACAUCCUGCAGCAGGAUCAAGCAAAACACUCAGACGGACGUAAUGGUGUGGAAACGCUGCCGCUCUCUCGAUUUAUAAGACUUUUGAGUCAGCCAGGCAAGGGAUGGGGAGACGAGCGGCCGACCUGACAACUUCGGUUCCAGUCUUAGGUGUCUCUGCCCUGGUUGGAGUGCGUGGCUGGAGGACAACAGGAAGCGGAGGAGCCCUGCUGCAGACGUGGGGACCUCAGUGCAGCAUUGGUGUUCAGACGUCCCCAGCGAUCAGCAGGCCAUCCACCCAGAACGGUGAACAGCUAACUGAUACACUCUCGACGCCAUCACAUAUCAUUACUCAAACAACCAAGAGCUAUAUUGUCAAGGAAAAUGAGUGCGAGGAGAUAUUACUGCUCACAAAGAGUGACAAAGAGAAAAGGGCUAAUUUGAAACAGAAAAGUGGAGAAUCCAAGACCAAAAAGGAAGUGACUUUCAAAGCGCUUGGAGGUGAGGCCUCUGAGGAUGUGGCCUGCAGUCAGAGGAACAGUUGCGGGACGUAUUGCUAUGCCAGGGCAAUCAAGACCAACCCACACUUUGCAGUAAGCAACGUCGGGCCUAAAUUGAGAUCUGCUGCUCGCUACACAAACGGCAGCGUGGUGGAUUCGGAGGCUAUCGGUGGGAUUAGCGUUCAUAGUGAUGAGGCAGAGCCUGCGAACUCUCGGGGAAGAGACCAAACCAGACUGCAAGGUCACUCGGCAGAGCGGUGUGGGAAGACGCUGCUGUUAUCUGCCGCCGCACCUUUUGGUAUGACACCGAAAAUAUGCAGCCAUUGCGGAGGCAGACAGUCUGUGGGCACCGGAGUUGAGACUUUGGCGGAGAGAAGCGCCGCCGCUGCUGACGUUUGUUUCGGAGAGAAACCGUUAAAGGCAGCGCUCACCUCACUCUCCACGAGCACGCAUGCCCCGAUGCCCGACAUUGAGAAAACUGCUGAGCCAAGAAGUCAUCAUGAUAUCCCUGAGAGCAUCACAAACCGAGACAAUAGGACACACGUUAAUCCACAACUGUUAUAUUUCAGUGUAGAACUGCAGUACGGAAAAGCCUCACACCCGGCAUGCCCAGUGCACAACAUGGCCGACUUGGUCGCUCUGUCACAGACGCAUGCUGCCAUCGAUGCGACGUCUCCUCAACCCACUGCCAUCCUACAUGCUAAAACCAUCACGGUCACGACAGCAACCAUUGAGACAAGACGAGAGGAUGCCGGUACAUUUGCGAAACCAUCCCAGGACAGGAAGCCUCCCCGACCAACAAGUCUCACAUUGAGUCCACAGAUGGCCACGGCUACCAAACCAAACAACCCGGAGUCACACACUUAUCCGAAGCCCCUCCAGAUAUCGCAACAUGGCAUGCCUCAAAGUGUGUGCGUGUCUGUACACGCGACACCCGAAGAGGCUCUGUGGUCACCUUCUCGUUGGCACACUACAGCUGCAGGACCUGGAAACACGACUAUUAGCAGCAUGUGCGAAAUAUUCACAAGUUCCACUGCCGCACUGAUGUCCAUUGAAAGUAUAACCGCUCAACUUGCUCAACGUCAAACACAUGCAGCGCAAGUAAACACGGAAACAAAAACAAAUUAUAGCCCACAAAUGCCCACAAAAUGUCCAAAUUUAGCACUGGCAGCCAAUGCAUUAGACUCCAUUCAUCAACAGGAAACAACUGUUCAACUUCCAACCCCUAGUCCACCACAAAGUGCACAUGCUCCAGAUCCUACAACGCAAGAAAAGCCGUCCUCAACCGUAGACGGCAAACCACCAUGUAAAGUGUCUCUUAUUGACGCUGAACUGGCCUCAACUGUCUUCCCCACACCACAGACAACGACGUCACAUCCAUCUCUCAGUGCUGUUGUCCCGCGGAGCACUUUGAAUCAUAACUCUAAUUCACAUCCACUCAGCAUUAAACAUAACGCCCCUGCGACACAAAGUUUUCCACCAAACUGCUCCAAUUCUGAGCCCACACUUUAUGUUUCCACGGCGUCUCUGAACGCGACGCCGAGUGCAGCGAAACCCUUGGACUCAAAAGCAAGGCUGCUUUCGAGUGCGGCUCCCGGCUCCCCAUCUCGACGCAACGGCACGCUAUGCGAAAACAAGGCCCUCAGGUACUCCUCAAUCAAUCAGAGGAAUUCACCCCCCACAGCCACCCCCCCUUCAUCCGCGCUGACAGGGAGCCAAAGUAACGUCUGUGCUCCAAGUUCAUCUUCACGUCAAUCAGCAGACACAACACAAGAUCUCAGUCGUAAUGAAGCGCCUCGCUCACAUCGCCCUGAUCACACGCGGCCGACAGACAGCCGAGUCUGUGAUGAAUCUGGCGUGUGCCUUGUCGUUUGCAAUCAGGAAAACAGCUCUGCAACACCUCCAGUUGUAAUAUCUGAGCCGCUAAAUGUGUCAGAAAAUCACAACAGAGGCAGCGAUGCGAACAGCCGCCUUCCUAAAUCAACCAUUACUUCCGAUACUGGAUCUGAUAAAAACAAAUUCAAUUGUAAUCUACUCGAUGAAUUGUUUGUGCGUGAGUCAAAUGACCAUGAAGAUUUAAAUCUGUCCCAGGUCACCAACCUUCAGAAUUACAUUUCCCUAAUGAAGUCAAGCAGCUCUUGUCUGCAGGGUUGCAUGAACACAGAACAACAACGGCUCGCACAUUGUCAAGGAUACGCAGAAACAGGACAUGAGGGAGACUGCGCUACAUGCCCACCAGUAAAAACAGCCCAGGAGACGGAUUCAAAUGCAGAACAGUUUGCCUUGGGAGUCUCAGUCAGGCAUGCAAACAUUAAGCUUAAAUCCAAUGCAGAUGAACAGACCCUUCCCAAAUACCAAAUACCCGCUCCCAAAGCACAGGCAAACUGUGUGCCCACCACCAUCUCAUCACUGGAAACCACCGAAAUUUCAGUCUUCCAAAACUCCGAGUCAAGCUCUUCAUCACUCCCACAAGCACACACAAGUCCGGAGCCUUCAUUCACUCCACCGGGCCCCCAAUGCAGUUCCACGUCGCCGUCAUCAACAAUGCACACGGCAUCCCUUCCUCAUCUCAGGUGCUGCGAGGUGGAUGCAAUCGUCAGACCGGAUUUGGAGUUCAGCCCUGCUCGCCCUCAAUCAUGCCCAGAGAACACCAGCCAGGCUCACUCCCACCCGGCUGCUGCGGCCCUGUUGCUGCCGCCAUCCCCACAGGGCCGCAAAUCAGCAGCACUACAGCAGAGGCUGGAGACGGUGGAGGCCAGCCUCGCCGCCAACAAGGACCGGAUCACUACUCUGCUCAACAUUAUCCAUGACCUGGAGACGUGCCACACUCCCACCGGCAGUCGGCGAUGCUACAAAACUGGACAGGACCUCAGAAACUGCUCAACCUGCCAGAAGACUGCUUGCAUCGUCUACAGUGUGGAGUACGACUUCAGGCAGCAGGAAAGACGCUUCUUGGAAGUUUGGAAUCAUGCAGCAAAAGGAAAUGAGGCUUUCUCCACGCACCUAUCCCAGCCCCUGAACUUCAGCCUGCUCAGAAACGUUGUCAUUAAGAACUUAACAAAGUCAAAGGGAGGCGUUUACAGCACCGACACUGUGGAAAAAAGAGAUGGCCGGGAAGUGCUUUGUGUGCAAUCGACUCUGGAACAAUGCUCACCUUGAUGCAAAGGAGCCUUGCUAAGAAUUGUCUGAUGGUGAAAGUGAAAGUGAACUGGCAGUGGAUGAACAUCUCCUCCUGAGAUAACAAGUGACCCAGUGCC